UUUAAUCCUGUUUUUAUGGAGUCUUAAUAAUUCUUUAGUGAGCUCACUAUUUCUCGGAUGAAUUCAAAAUUUUAAAAAUGUUUUUCGAAUGUUCAAAUGUUUUUAAUCCAAAAUCGCUUCAUCGUUGUUAUCAGUAGCAACCGAACAUUUCAAUUUUGAUAUUUUUCACUUGCGUCAGGAAUACUUUGUCAGUUACUCCAGUUACAGAAGUCUCUGGCUCAUCAUCACGUCCUACAAUUGUUGAAGAGACCUUAUAAACUGUGAAAGAUUUUCAACUAAUCCAAAAUACGAAGGUCAUCUCGUCUAACCCAACAUUGCUCAUGUCCAUUAAUGAGUCGAUUGAAUUUUUUGAUUGAAUCUCUCGUUGUAUACAAAGUAAAGUCAUGAAUUCCUUUGGAGAGUCAGCGGCAAUUUCUUCCCAGAAAUUAAUCCACAAAAUCCAGUGAUGAUUUAUCCGGGGAUUCCAGUGGAAUCGACCAGUCGAUCCCAUCUAGAACCCUCAGGAUUAACCCCAGGAAUUUACCAGACCUCGACGUCAGCUCCAUCAGUAAUUUUACCCCAGCAACCGCUGGUGUAUACAUCGUACAAUGCUUACUGUGGAGUUCCCCAAGUUCAAUCGACAUUUCCUGAUGUGCGAAGACAUCCAGUCACUAAUAAUUCUCAUUAUACUUUAAGAGCACAAGACUUUAGGGGAGUAAAAUCUCUGAAAUGGCACCAGAAAUCCCGCCCCCGGUAUAAGGAAUACCCGCAAGUGGCUCUCCAACAGGCGAUUCCUUUCCCAUCACCAGUGGUCUUGUACGAUCCCCUCCAGAAUCAGAUGACUCCAUCCCUGCCAUCCCUGAAUCCAGUCUACCUCCAAAGCCCCACGUGUUACACUCAACCUGCCGCCACCGAAACCUUCUCCACAUACAAUCCCUCAGCAAUACCCCAAACCUACUACAAACCCCACGAGUCCCAGCAAUUUUGUCUGAUCCACGAUCGAUCCCCAGCUCAAUUGUCCCAUCAAGGUGUUCAGCAAACCCAACAGCCACCCUAUUACCCCAUCCCAACGACUUACACUACCACCAAAAAUUAUGGAAACACUUCCACCAGUUUUUCCAACAGCCCAGCAAGUGUUUCCAGUCAUGUACAAUUACCUUCCAACUUUACUAAUUAUUUUAAUGAGAAAAUGGGCCCAAACUCUGCCACAAAACUCCAGCCCUCUGAGGUUUUGGGUCCUGAGAGGAGUUCAUUGACUUGUGAAAAUCAAUUGAACUUGAAUGAAUCAAUUUUCGAGAUGGCUGAACCCCCCAAGACCUCCACCCCUCCCUCGCUUCCCCCCAAAACUUAUAAACUCGACAAGUACUUCGACGACUCCUCAAACUUCGACUUUACCAUCGAAGCCGAGAAGAUGGUCUCCGCCCUCUGCAGCACUUCCUUAGACGCGGAGAAAGACGACGACACCAACAACGUCCUCCUCCCCCUAAAAUCAGACAGUACCCAAAAGGCCUAUAAAUCCUGGUACCUCGACGACUACCCGAAGCCCUCCAAGACCGUGGACACCCAAACCUGUCACCCUGAAGAUCUCCAGUCGCCUGAGGUCCUCCGAAGAAUGAUUUACCUCGGUUGUACCGAGAUGGAGACCCUCCUGAAGAGCUCCACCACAACCUACCGCAGGGACUGGCUGUUGAGUCUCUCCUUAGCGACAAAAAUCGCGCUGUCAAAGUCCGCCACCUGUUUCCCAAUUUACCUGAAUGACAGAGCAUUCGGUCAGGACCUCAUGAACUCCUUCUUACGAAUCAGCAACGGCUGGUUGGCCCUGGACAAUUACCUGAACAAACAGCCGAACCUUUCCCUCUCCCAGAAGUUCGAUAAAGACCUCCAAAGGUCCUUCAAGGCUUGGGAGUCAGCGACGUCGACGCUCCUCGAGAACAUCACGAAGAACUUCAAGAAGUUGGACACCAGCUCGGACGAAUCCCAACAAGAGAAUCCCUCUCACACGUCAUCUUUUCCAGGUGACGUCUCGCUCUACCUCAACUACAGCCUCUUCAGCACUUGUCCAGGUCCCAUCACAACAUCUCAGGUCGUCAAGACCCAGCGUAACGUUUCGUACCCGGUCCAGGGAGGUGACCAGAAGCCGCGGUGGUUGUCGCUAGCGAGAGAGAGUAAAGUCAGAACAAAAUGGACGAUAACCGAUAAUUCCCGAAACGUCAAGAACUUGCAGACGGUUCCAGCCUUGAUGAUCGCUCAACCCGAGACGACAAACAUCGAGACAACGAUGAACAUCUGGAGCCCCAGCAUCUCCUCAGGUCCAUCCCACUCAACCCUCUUCUACUCCAAUCCCUCCAAUGUAACGCUGGUCAGCCAAAUAGAGUCCCAGAGAGUUGAUAACUCCUCCGAGGGCGAAGCGAUCAACCUCUCCGCAUGGUUCGCAAGCAUGAGGAACCGGGACGAUCCCUCGUCGCCAUCGCAGAACGUCUGGGGCACCAGAACCCCAAGAAGUGCCUUCGACAUCGUGGGGACAUCGAAGAUGGACGCGAAUCGUCAAUUAAAAACCCUGAAGAACAUGAGGAUGAUCCAAAGUGCUCCCUGGACUGCCAGCCAAAUUCUGGAGGAUCAGACGACUUCGGUGAAACCUUCAAACAACAUUGAGGAUACGAAGGUCUACAUGAAGCCCGGGAGCUACAACGUCCCCAAGAAAAAAGGCCAGUCCAGGCGUUCUCGUAAGAACGAAGCGCUGGGGUUCAAGAAGAGCUGUCCACAGGCUGAUGAAGUCCCCAAGCCCCCAGCAGCUUUCUUCGAUCAGCGAAAGCCGGACGAAGGAGUCCGUGACAUCAGUUUUGACAAAGGGAACUUCUCAAACGUCACCUCAUCGUCGUCCUCGACCUGCUCCCAGGACGUUCGGAAGGACGUGACUUGGAAGGCUGCCUGUGCCUCCGCUGAGCUUCUCCUGGACGCUCUGAACGUCAAGAAGAGAUUCGGGGAAUGCAAAGGGAAAGACGAUGACUUCGAUUCGAAUUAUGAAGCUUCUGAAGAAGAGGAGGAGGACAAUGUCAAGUCGAUGACAGUGGAUGCCAGUCCCACUGGUGAUGGACAGCGAACGAACGUGAAGACGGACUCCUGGUUGAUCCAGACGUUGAACAACGUGGGGAAAAGUGACGUUCCAUCAAAUUGUCCGGACGUUGGUGAAGAGGGAGUCGAUGGGAGGAGAGACGUUGAGAGUGUCGCACCUUGGGAGAAGCCUCGUGAGGACACCCAGACGUCCUUCUCCCUCGAGACCAGUCAUACCAUCGCUGUCAUGACCCUCGUCGAUGUCGUGGGGAAGGCGACGUACUCGGAGACCGUCAGGAGAUUCUCCACUGUGACAAAGCCAACUUCGUCGAAGAUGUCCUCGCAGAAGGGAUUGGAGAGUGUGGAGCCGUCCAGAGAGACUGAAAUCGGGAGUGUCCUGGAGGGUGAGGUGGACAGUGCGCCGAGGGUAGCUUCGGGAAGGCAGAGAAAGGGAAAGGGACAAUCGAAUGAUAAGGGCUGGUCCGUUUGGUACAGCUCCAGGAGAAAACAGCAGAGUCAUUCGCUGGGACCGGCUGCUGUUGAGAAACUCUUAGGAAUCUAUAGGAUUUUGUGGAGGAUGGAUGCCACCAGGGUCUUCAAGUUCCCAGGGGACGGCCCCAAGGAGGCUGAUGGAUCCUCCAAUUUUGGUAUUGAAGAUUAUCGAAGGGUGAUCAAGUGUCCAAUGUUCCUGGAGACAAUCGGGUACAAAUUAAAAAAUCAUGUUUACAGAAAAGUCGAGCAUGUGAUUCGAGAUUUCAGGAAAAUUGUGCACAAUUCCAAAGUUUUUCACAAGAACGAUAAAGAUUGUACUGAUAGGAUUGAACUUCUGUCAAAAAAACUGGAGGAGCUUGUGGAGCAAAAUUUUCCGGACGACUUCCAACGAAAACCUCCCCCAGCUCAGACUACCCCAACCCUCCCAGCUGCCGCUGGUAGUCCGAAAGACGCUGACGAAAGGGACAUCUCCAGCCGGCGAAACCCUCGGAAUACAUGAGGAACGCAUGACUGUCCUCAUUCGCCCCGACGUACUCGUUGUUCAUAACAUUAUUGACUCGUUUAUUUUUUUUUAUAAUUAAUAAUUAAUGUUUUCAAUCGCAAACUGACACUUUCCCAUUUACGGUGCAAUGAGAGUUCAUUCCAGAAAACAAUUUAAUCUUCAAUGGAAAGAAAAAUCGCGACUUUGAUUCAUUUUAUUUCCGGUUUUUGUGACAAUAGACAUUUUUUAAUCAUUUUCAACAUAAAUUUGUGAUUAGUGAA